AUGGUCAAGGUGGGUGCAAAAAAUGGAGAACAUGCUGACCACCAAUUAGAAGCAUCACACGUGUUGAGCGUGACUGCAAACCAUAUCAAUGCAAAAGGAAUGCUCACAUUGGAAAGCAGUACAAAAUCAAGUUAUGAUGUGAACGAACCAGAGAACAUUCCAGUAUCACACCUGAUUGAGAAUUCACUGAUCCAGGAUGGUGUCCCUGGGGAUAAAGCCGUGCCAACUUUACCCACUACAGAAUCUGUUGGAGUUGAAACAGUUGACAAAGGCAUUCAAGAAAAAAUAUAUAUGGAAGCAGAAUCAACAGUGACAGAUACCACAGAUGUGCAGAGACGAGAAAAUGAUUUUGAGGAGAAAAAGAAAGCUCCCGAGGCAUUUGAUCAACACGAAGUGUCACACCAGUCAAGCAUGGAAAAUGAACAGAAAGUUGAACUACUAGCUAAAGGGAAGAACCUGGAGAUCUGUGUUAUAAAGCAUCCAAAUCUGGAAGGAAAGACCGCAGAUAUAAACCCAAUUAGUGAUACUGAAAAACAUGAAAAGGAUCCAGGGUCAUACACAGGAGAGAAAUUAGAGAUCAAGGAUGGUGGGAAGUUCAUAAAUGAAGAAGCAAAAGAGAUGGAAGAAGCAGCUGAUAUGCAGUUACUGAAAACUACAACAGAAAGUGUACUUGAAGAUGAAGUGCAGUCAACAUUGCCCACAUCAACAAUUGUCAAAGGUGAGAAGAUUGAGGAAAUCUUUCAGGAACAAACACUUGAGGAAGAGGAAUCAGCAGCAGUAGAUAACAAUGAUAGCUGCAGACCAGAAAAUGAACUUGACCACCUGGCUAAUGUUUUUGAGGCAACUGAUCAACCCAAAUCCGUGGCCAAGGAUGGUGCAGAAAAUGUCGACCACCAUUAUGAACAAUCUACAAUGGAAAACAUGACUACAAAGCAUAUCAGUUCAGAAGGAAUGGUGACAACAGAAAACAGUACAAAAUCAAGUUAUGAUGUAGAAGAACUGGAAAAGGUUCCAGAUUUAGGCUCUGUUGGCAAUGCAGAGAUUAAGGAUGCUGGAAAAAUCACACUGGAGGAAGCCAUUGAUAUCAAAGAAGCCACUGAUGUGGAGUUGCAAAAGCCUGAAAUAGAAAGUGUGCCUGAGGAGAAAUCCAUCUCAACUUUGUCCCGAGUAUCAUCUGUCAGAGUUGAGGAAAGCAUUCGAGAAGAAUUGCAAAAUGAAGUUGAACCAGCAGUGACUGAUGUCAAAGAGGGGCAGAGAAUAGAAAAUGAUUUUGAGGAGAACAUGAAAGUUCUUGAGGCAUUUGGUCCACAAAAAGCAACAGGCAACACCUAUGCAGAAAAUGAAAAGAAAGCAGAACCCCAAUCUGAAGCACAGAGAAUGGAGACCACAGUGAUAAAGCAUCCAUAUUUAAAAGGAUUAGAGACUGCAGAAAAAAGCCCAAGUAUUUAUAUUGACGAACUUGAAAAGGUACCAACAUCACACACUGGAGAGAAAUUAGACAUCAAGGACGGUGGGAAAAUCAUACAAGAGGAAGCAAAAGAGAGGGAGGAAGCAACUGAAAUUAAAAUAGAAGCAAUAAUACAGUCACUGAAAACUGCAACACAGUGUGUACAUAAGGAUGAAACCCCAUCAACAUUGGCCAUUGUCGAAGGUGAGACGGUUGAGCAAAGCUUUCAGGACCAAACACCUAAGGAGGAGGAAUCAACAACGAAAGAUAACAAGAAUAACAGCAGACCAGAAAAUAAACUUGAACAAACAACUAAAGUUCUCGAGCCAAUUUCUCAACCCGAAACCACCAACAUGGUCAGUGCAGAAAAUGAAGAAAAUGCUGACUACCAGUCUGAAGCACCAAGCAUGGAGAACGUGAUAACAAAGCAAAAUGCUGGUAAAAUCAUGUUGGAGGAAGCAAUAGAUAUCAAAGAAGCCACUGAUGUGGAGUUACAAAAAUCUGAAACAGAUAGUGUGCCUGAGCAUAAAUCCCUGUCAACUUUACCAACUACAGCAUCUGUCACAGUUGAAGCAAUUGAGAAAAGCACUCAAGAAGAAAUACAUAAGAAAGAGGAAUCAGCAGUGACAGAUACCGAAGAGGGACAGAGACCAGAAUAUGAUUUUGAGAAAAAUAAAGUUCCUCAGACCUUUCAUAUACACAAAGGAAGAGGCAACACCUGCUUGGAAAAUGAAAAGAAAGCUGAACCGCAAUCUGAAGCGCAGACCAUUGAGACAAUGGUUAUAAAGUAUUCGAAUUUGGAAGGACAGGUUGCCACUGAAAUAAACCCUGAUAUUGAUACUGAAGUACUUGAAAAGGUUCCAGUGUCACAAGAGGGAGAGAAAUUAGAGAUCAAGGAUGGUAGGAAAAUCAUAAAAGAAGAAGAAAAGGAGAUGGAGGAAGCAACUAGUAUGCAAUCACCGAAAACUGCAAUACAAAGUCUACCUGAGGAUGAAUCAUCAUCAACAUUACCCACCUGGACAUUUGUCAAAGGUGAGACAUUUGAGAAAAACUUUUCAGAACAAACACUUAAGGAAGCGGAAUCAACAGAGAUAGAGAACAAGAGCUGCAGAACAGAAAAUCAACUUGAGCAAACAACUAAAGUUCUGGAGGCAAGUGAUCUAGCCAAACUCAUGGGCAAGGUUAGUGCAGAAAACGAAGAACAUACUGACCAACAAUCUGAAGUACCAAGUACAGAGAACAUGAUUACGGAGUAUACAAAUUCAGAAGGUAUGCUGACAACAGAAAGCAGCAGAAAAUCAAGUUGUGUGGAAGAACUGGAAAACAUUCCAGAGUCACACUCUUUUGAGAAUUCAGAAAUCAAGGAUAGUGGAAAAAUCAUGACGGAGGAAGAAAUAUAUAUCCAAGAAGCCACUGAUGCAAAGUUACAAAAAUCUGAAACAGAAAGUGUGCCAGAGGAUAAAGCCCUGUCAACUUUACCCACUAAAGCAUCAGGCGAAGCAGAAACAGUUGAGAAAAGCAUUCAACAAGAAAUACGUAAGGAAACUGAAUCAGCAGAGACAGAUACCAAAGAGGGGCAGAUAGCAGAAAAUGAUUUUAAGGAGAACAUGGAAGUUCUUAAGGUUUAAGUAGACUACUGCAAAAUAAACUACAAGAACACCAAUUUUCACACUUGCACCUCUUCUUAAUUAUUUGUCCAUGCAAAAGCAUAAAAUUAUUUCUUAAGGUUCACCUUCUGACUGAGUACCCGUUAAAACAGGCAUUUGAUUUACAAAAAGCAACAAGAAAUACGCGCACAGAAAAUGAAAAGAAAGCUGAACCCCAAUCUGAAGCACAGAGUGUGGAGACCAUGCCUAUAAAGCAUCAAAAUUUAGGACUGGAGACAACAAAUAUAAAUCCAAGUAAUAAUACUGAAGAACUUGAAAAGGUCCCAGCAUCACACACUACACAGAAAUUAGAGAUCAAGGAUGGCAGGAAAAUCAUACAAGGGGAAGAUGAAGCAAAUACACAGUUACCGAAAUCUACAAUAGAAAGUGUACUUGAGGAUGAAUCCACAUCAACAUUAGCCACAUUGCCAAUUGUCAAAGGUGAGACAUUUGAGAAAAGCUAUCAGGAACAAAAGCAUAAGGAGGAGGAGACAACCAUGAUAGAGAACAACAAGAGCUGCAGGAAAAAAAAUGAACUUGAGCAAAUGACUGAAGCUGUUGAGCAUGUGUUAAAAAAGGCAUUGGAUCUACCCAAAAUCAUGGGCAAGGACAGUGCAGAAAAUGAAGAACAUGCUGGCCACCAACCUGAAGUGCCAAGCAUGGAAAACGUGAUUAUAAAGCAU